AUGAGCGAGUCACAUAUUCCGUCGUCAAAACACACCAGUAGUCAAGAGUUUGAUCUUGACGUUGCAUUGCGCGCACAAAACCACGACCAACCCGAGUUUUCCACCGUUCAUGGUUUUGUAAUUGACCCUGUAGCUGGCAGCCCAUGGCCUCAUCUUGCUCCAGAGACACGAUCAGUAUCUUUACCAGCGCACGGGCAGCUUCCCUCAAAGGCAGUCGCUCUGGAGCUGGUCCAGGAAACUUUCAACAACUACAAUAGAUUCCUUCCGCUUUUUGACGAAGAGGACUUCUUGAGAGAGUUCCACCUCAAAUACUCGACUUCCAACCCCGAAGAUGCCAGUUGGUGGGCGUGUCUCAAUGUCGUGCUGUCAAUAGCUCAUCGUCUCCGCGGCCUGCGCACAUCGAACCCAGCGCAUGAGAAUAAUCUAGCGGGUGUUUACAUGAAAAACGCCCUGAGCGUCGUCUCCGAGUUGAACGUCGCUAGCAUCUCUGCCGUCCAAGCUCUGGUUGGUAUGGCUUGCAUUCUUCAGGGGACCCCGAAUCCGGAGCCGGCCUCGAUGCUCGUCGCCGCCGCCCUACGCCUGGCACAGGCUCUGAAUCUGCACAGAGAGGCGUCCGACCCAAGUCUCACUGAGAAACAAGCGGAGAUACGGAGACGGGUGUUUUGGAAGGUAUACGUCCUUGACAAGGAUAUCAGUCUACGGACCUGUCGACCCUUCGGCCAAGAUGAUGAUGACAUGGAUGUCCGACUGCCAUCAAACACAAACUUCGACUCAUGUAACGUGGAACUCUUCAACCAUCGCGUAGGACUUGCGGUUAUUCAGGGUCAGGUGUACAAGCAAUUGUACUCGAUCCGGGCUGGACGACAAACGGAGGCACAAAGGGCAAUUGCGGCACAAGAGUUAAGUUCUGUGUUGUCCUAUUGGAAGUCCAGUGCGCAGCUGGAACCCCCCGAAGACUUUCUGAUUUCUUCAGGAUCCCAAGUCGCAGGGGACAUGAUCCACAAGGUGGUUCUACGACUCACAUAUAUUCAUUGUCUGACAAUGAUUGAUCGCCAUUUAUCCCUGACGGCGCGAUCUCCCUUGGACCAAGAAGUCGGCCGGUCUGGAAUAUCUUUACCCCCAGGCAGUUUGUGCCUCGCUGAGUCACGCAAAGCGAUCCGUCUCAUUGAAGCCAUCCCUCACGAAGACUGCUCCUGCAUCUGGUAA